AUGCUACCCAGACGCUCCGUCAUAUUGACCAUCAUGGGGCCACACGGCAUCAACCGAGCCGUGCAGAGGCUGGAGUUCUGCGACUGCAAGAGAGGACUGGGAGUGAAGGUAAUGGGAGGCUACAGAGAACUAACCGGGGAGGAGUUUGGCAUCUACAUCAAGCGGGUGAUAGCCGGUGGACUGGCUGCCAUGGAUGGGCGGCUUAAGUCAGGUGACCUGAUUUUGGAUGUCAAUAACAUCAGUCUGGUAGGAGUCACCAAUGAAAGGGCUGUGGAGAUUUUACGUACCGCCUCGUUCUCCAACCACAUGUCUUUGUUGAUUGUCAGAGAUGACGAGUCCAGGAGGGAAUUUGUCGAGCUGAUGGAGAAGUAUGGCUCCAAUAAUAUCACAGCUUCAGGACGGAUCUCUCCUACACAGCUCUCCACAGGCAAGCUGACAGACACGGCCUCUUCCUCCUCUUCCUCCAGAUCGGAGAGCCCCCAGCUCCUCAGCCCUAAAGAAGGGGUCACUGCCUACACGCAUGCCCCCCCGUAUGCUCCCAACCCUCCCUAUAAUGCCUCCCCCCACGCUGUGCACACUCCCAUGCAUGUCUUCAGUGACAGUGUCAUUCAGUUGAUAUGUGUCUCCAAGGGAACAGGCUUAGGGCUCGUCGUCAGGGGCGGGACUAACCGCGCCGACGGACCAAUGGUGUUCAUUCAGGAAAUAGUGCCGGGAGGAGACUGCCAGAAGGACGGCAGGUUGCAGGUGGGGGACCAGCUGGUGUCCAUCAACAAGGAGUCCUUGAUUGGAGUGACAUAUGAGGAGGCCAGGAGCAUCUUGACACGAACCAAACUCAGACCUGACCCGACGGUGGAGAUCGCCUUCAUCAGGAGGAGGUCAUCUUCCAGCUCCAGCAGUGGACCUCAAAGUCCCAUCUCCCUCCAGGGGCCGGGCAGCGGAGCCGUGCCCCAGAGCAGGUCCCCAGGGCUGGCCACGCUUCCUCCACAACCUACCCUGGUCACCAAGAUCACCUCCAGUCGCAACCCUGCCAGCGAGACACUGCCGUCCGUCAAUGUCAGCCAGGUGCGGGUAGCUCAAGUCAGAACCGACCCAACUUGUGUCCCGCCUCCACCAGAGAGCGACAGCAUAGCAGACACCAAGCCCCCCUCCAGCGGCCAGCCUGCACACAGGAGGUGCUCCAUCAGCACCAGUUGUCGCCUCAAACUAGAGAGGUUGGAGCAGGCUCUGGAUGCGCUUGGCUUAAAGCCCACAGAAGCACAGAGACAGAUGCUGAGGUCCCGACUACGAACAGAUCCGGCUGGGACGGUGGCCUAUGCAGAUUUUGAGACCCUGACCAAGGAGUUGUUUAAGCUCCAGGUGGAAGAGUCGACCGUUGACCAGGCGGGUUCAAGGUUCGCGUCCAAUGACCUGUCCAGUCUCCUAGAGUCCCCCCCUCAUCCACUGCCAUCACUGUCAGAUUCUGAUGAUCUAGAGGAAAUGGAAAGACUGAGGAAAGACCACAUCGAGGCUCUGAGGGAGAUCAAGAAGCUACAGGAGCAGCUGGCUGAGUCCCAGAGACUGAAGCGUGAGAUGGAGGAAGAGCUCGGCAAAGUCAAGCAGGAGGUGAAAGCCGGUGCAGAGGAGAGCAGGGUGCUGCGGAGCCGGGUUCAACUGGCUGAGGCAGCCCAGAAGCAGGCACGGGGGAUGGAGAUGGACUACGAGGAGGUCAUCCACCUCCUGGAGGCCGAGAUAGCCGAGCUGAAGACCCAGAGAGCGGAGCCGCCAGCCCAGCCCAAGGAGGAGACGGAGGAGUUUAAGAAAAGAAUGGCCGUCCUGGAGUGUCAGCUACGGAAGAGUGAAGGGUCCAAAAAGGGCUUUGAGAUGUCCACAGGAAAACUGCUGAAAUUUGUGGAGAACGUUCAAGAGUUUCUUCUUGAAACCCAAGGCCCCACUAAGAGCCACAGCUCCGGAGAUGUGAAAGCUGGGGGCCCGUCCCAAAGUCUGGCCUCCCGCUACCGAAAGAGCCCCUGGACCGUGGCCACACUCACCCAGGAGGCAAAGGAGCUAACUCGGACUGUCAGGGCCAUCCUGGAGGCCGACUGUCUCCCUUAUGGUUGGGAGGAGGCCUACACUGCAGACGGGGUCAAGUACUACAUCAAUCACAUGACCCAGACAACCUCGUGGACCCAUCCUGUGACGAACACCACCCUG